AUGGUCAAAUCCCACAACAUCCUCGUUCUCCCCGGCGACGGCAUUGGCCCGGAGGUCAUGGCCGAAGCUGUAAAGGUGCUGGAGACCUUUGAGACAUCCGAGCGCAAAUUCCAACUUCGCCAGGAGUUGAUCGGAGGCUGUAGCAUUGAUGCGACGGGAAAGUCUGUCACCGAAGAGGUGAAGCAAGCCGCCCUGAACUCUGACGCGGUGCUGUUCGCUGCCGUGGGUGGGCCGAAAUGGGACAAUGCGCGCCGGGGGUUGGAUGGGCCAGAGGGCGGGCUGUUGCAGCUGCGCAAGGCUAUGGAUAUCUAUGCAAACCUGCGUCCAUGCUCGGCUACGUCACCUAGUGCCUCAAUUGCGAAGGAAUUCAGUCCCUUCCGGGAAAAGAUUAUUGACGGAGUUGACUUCGUUGUUGUUCGCGAGAACUGUGGAGGAGCGUACUUUGGACGCAAGGUGGAGGAUCCGACCUAUGAGAACAUGGGACUGAUUGAUAUUCUGUCAGCAAUGGACGAGUGGGGUUACAGCGAAGAGGAGAUCAAGCGUGUCGCGCGCCUUUCCGCCGAAAUUGCCUUGCGACAUGACCCUCCAUGGCCUGUUAUCUCCCUAGAUAAGGCUAAUGUUUUAGCGUCCUCUCGGCUCUGGCGCCGAGUGGUAGAGAAGACUAUUGCGGAAGAGUAUCCUCAGGUUAAGCUGGUGCAUCAACUUGCAGAUUCCGCGUCCUUGAUCAUGGCGACCAACCCACGUUCCCUAAACGGUGUGAUUCUAGCCGAUAACACAUUUGGUGAUAUGCUGUCAGACCAGGCAGGCUCUAUCGUGGGAACUUUGGGAGUCUUGCCAAGUGCCAGCUUAAACGGUCUUCCAGGCGAUAAGAACCUGAAAACACGCCCUUACGGAUUAUACGAGCCGACUCAUGGGUCUGCCCCAACAAUUGCUGGAAAGAAUAUUGCAAACCCGGUUGCGAUGAUUCUCUGUGUGGCACAGAUGUUCCGUUACUCUCUGGAUAUGGAGAGGGAGGCACAGCAGGUGGAAGAUGCUGUACGCAAAGUACUGGAUUCGGGCUUACGGACCCCAGAUCUUCGUGGGAAAUCGAGCACCACCGAAGUGGGUGAUGCUAUUGUGGCGGCUCUGUAG